AUGCAUGCCGUAUACGUUGUUUCUGGUAUGUGUUUAGCCAACCAUGUAUGCCAUGAUUGGCUCAAAGAAAAUGAUGCAUCGAGAUAUGCUGUAGUAGCAGGUGUUACGGGCAGUUUAAUUUCUGUACUUGCUCCAUUUUCUCCGUUUUCGUGGUGGAUGUUGACGUGUGCUCCGGUACUAUUUAUUGGAGCAUUUGUUGUGCUACAGCGAAUCAUGGGACAGAUCCUGACCCUUGAGGAAACAUACAUUAUAGCAACAAUGUCAUCCAUCUCACUUUUGGAUAUGCUUUUCAUUUCAUUGUCAAUGAUGAAAGUGCUUUCAAAGAAAUUACUGUUUACCCGAAGCAUUGUUUCUGUAUUCCAUCCUGCAUUGCUAUGGGGGAUGGUUUUGAUUGGGAUAGUUGGGUAUCCAAUCCUUUUACAAGCAAGACUUGCUCAAGAAUCACAGCAUAAUGGAGUAAUGCAUAUCGUGUAUUCAGUUGGAUUUGCGGUAUCUGCAAUCGUCGUUGUUGGUAUCAUAGAUCCAUGGAUAUGGCUAAUAAUUAAGACCGAGCCGUUUACAUGGACGAUUACGUACAUUACAGAUGCAAAUACAUGGCGACCCUACUUGAUAAUAUAUUGGAUGAUUUUGGUUACAGGGGCAGUCACAAUUGCAUCCACUUGGUCAUCUACUGCAUCAUCGUUGUCAUCACACAUCAAUUUUCGUCGAAAGUACUUUCAUGCAUUAGCUUUGCUUCUAUUUGCUCCUGGAUAUCUUUUAGAGCCUCAAUUGAUGCAUCUUGCGUUUUCUGUUGCAAUAAGUGCCUUUAUCAUGAUCGAAUAUAUGCGUAUAUUCCAUAUCGGUCCUAUUCAACCACAAACUAUGGAUAUGUUUGUUCAUCAAUUUUUAAACGCGCGAGAUCAACUUGUUCAAUCUAAAUCGUCUCCAAAGGGUGAAACAAAGAAACGUCGAGAAGUUGUCGUAUCCCAUCUAUCUUUGAUGUUUGGAUGUGCAGUUCCUGUGUGGUUGACACAGAUUGUCUUGGUUUUGGAAAAUAAACCAUUGCUUAUACUUGGUUUAACCGGUAUUCUGUCUCUUGGCGUGGGCGACUCGGCUGCAUCGAUUAUUGGCAAAGCUGUUGGCAAGACAAAAUGGUUUCGUAAAGACAAGACGGUUGAAGGUACGCUCGGGUUUGUAAUUGGAUCGCUUGGUGCAUUAUAUGCUGUCCAGAUUUGGCUGGAUAGAUUUGGUGACUCUGUACCAAAAGUCGGCUUUUUUGUUAGAUCUGCUAUAUCGGUUGUCUUGACAGGCUUGUUGGAGGCUUUUUCUGAGCAAAACGAUAAUCUUGUUGUCCCACUAUACAUGUUUGCACUGCUCUCUUUAGGAAUGGUAUAUUUAUAGUCGACGUUUUUUGGCGUGCUGAAUCCCAUCUAGUUUCGUAUUACCAUUUGCCACUAAAACAUAAACCAUUUCUAUCAAACCACAUUUCAACAACUAUUAUAUCCUACUUUUGCCAAGCAUACAUAUUUUGCACAAAAAUAACAGCCAUUAAAUAAAAACCCAAAGCUUUAUGC